AGCUUUUGUGAAUCUUUUAGAUAGAUGUGUAUGAGUAUAUGUUAUAGUCUAGCUUACGUCUUAAGUGUAUAGGUAUAUAUAGGAUGUGUUUGAGAGUAAGUUUAGAUACUGUAGCUUAUGUACCGUGCUAAGGCUUAAAAAAAUGGCAACGCGCAUGUCUAACAAAUUGACUUGCCUCCGGUUUCGGCGCCGCACGCAGCGACCCCCCUCCCGCGCAUAUGCUUGCGUGCGCGCGGCACGGCUAGCACUCUCCCCUCCGUCGCUUGGGCAGUUGGGCGCUCGUCAACUGCAGUGAGCGGCCGGCCGGCUGCAGGUCGUGCGGCGCGCGGCAGCCACGGUGCUCUCUUCGGCGGCGCUUCGAGGAGGCUAUAAAUAAGGAAGGUGUGUAGCGUUCAAUCCAGCGACACAUUAGCGGAAUACUAACAAGCUCUUGCAAAUUGAGUGAGAUGGCGUCGGAGACGAGCAAGAACGUGAAGGUCCUCGACGAGCAGGAGGUCACCUCGCACCAGCGUGACCAGAGCGUUCCUGCCGGGACCAGCGCCACCGAGGAGCAAGCGGAUCCGUUGGCGCGGCAGUCGUCGAUCCUCUCGCUGACGUUGGAGGAGCUGCAGAAUUCGCUCUGCGAGCCGGGGCGCAACUUCGGGUCCAUGAACAUGGACGAGUUCAUGGCCAACAUAUGGAACGCCGAGGAAUUCCAGGCCGCCACCGGCGGCUGCAAGGGGGAUAUGGAGGAGGAGGCCAUGGUGCCGGGGACGGGUGAAAGCGGAGGUGGAGGUGCGGGAGGAAGCGGAUUGAUCCGGCAGGGGUCGUUCUCCCUGCCGCCGCCGUUGUCCCGGAAGACGGUGGAGGAGGUCUGGGCCGACAUCAGCCAGGGGCCGGCGGAUGCCCUAGCUCACGCCGCGCCGCAGGCCAUGGUCCAGCCGAAGAUGGGGAGCAGCGGCGUCGCGGCCAGCGGUCGGCAGGUGACGCUCGGCGAGAUGACGCUGGAGGACUUCCUGGUCCAUGUCGGCGUCGUCCGAGGAGCCUUUUCCGGCCACGGCCAGGCAGCCUCGGAAGUUGGCAUGGUCCCAGCUGGGCCGAUGAGCCACAUGCAGCAAGGGCAGUUUGCAGCUCCCAUGACGUUCCAAGUGGCGCCGGCCAACGCCGUGUACCCGGUGAUGGGCGACGGCAUGGGGUACCAUAACGGGUACCCUGUAGGGGUAGCGGUGGUGCCGCCUCCGCCGCCGUCCCAGUGCGUAGCGACCGCCGUGAGCCCGGGGUCGUCGGACGGUAUGAGCGCGAUGACGCAGGCGGAGAUGAUGAACUGCAUUGGCAACGGAGGGACGGUUAGGAACGGCAACGCGCGGAAGCGCGAAUCCCCGGAGGAUGGGUGCACCGAGAAAACGGUGGAGCGCCGGCAACGGCGCAUGAUCAAGAACCGUGAAUCGGCAGCCAGGUCACGCGCCAGAAAGCAGGCUUAUACGGUGGAGCUUGAGGCUGAAUUGAACCAUCUCAAGGAGGAGAAUGCGCGCCUUAGAGCCGAGGAGAAGACAAUUCUGCUGUCAAAGAAAAAGAUGCUGGUGGAGAAGAUGAUGGAGCAGUCGAGGGAGAACGUUAGCGCCAAGAAGGGCGGCCGCGGGCUGCGUCGCUGCGGCAGCUCCAUGUGGUGAAAUGUGACUGACGAAUGACUCGCAUUCUGUCAUUCCGUUUUGCUCGCUCCUACAGAAAGUAAUAUGGCGGUAAUGGUGUUGGUAGCAGGCAGCAUCUUAGUAUGUGCUAUGAUGGUUGUAAAAUCUGCAAGGGUGCCUAGAUACAGGCAUUAUGUAAAAUCUCCAUGUUGUGGCUUGCUACUAUUUAUAAGCCGUGGGCUGUACAAACAAUAAACCAGCUGUAAGAUUACACACAGAAUGAGCUCUGUGUUCUGUUCUCCAUGUAUAUUAAC